AUGUCCCUGACAAUCCUCACUGACAAUCAGGUCAAAUACCUACUCAACAGCCUUACGGUCGAUGAUGUCCACAGCUUUCAGGAUUCUAUGCGCAAUGCUCUCCAUGGAUAUGCGACUGGCGCCACUUUUUCCAACAAUUCUAUGGAAGACCAGCCUCCGAGGACUGUAGUGGGUUCAAAGAAUGGCACAACAUCUUUGUUUAUGCCCUCUGUCACUACUAAUAACAUGGGGGUUAAAGUUGUCACCCACAAUACGUCGACAUCGAAGCAGACCCAUUCGUCAGCUGACAGCCUCCCACAAAACACAGCUCCUCAGGGUGCACUAACUCUUAUGACCGCUGAAGGCAAACCAUAUGCUUUUAUAAACUCCAAAGAAUUAACGGCUUUUCGCACCGCACUAACCUCAACACUCUUAGUUUCACGGCGCACAAAGGUCAAAGUUCUUACAUGUUUUGGAUGCGGCCGUCAGGCCUACUGGCAUAUUCGUCUGACACUUCUCUUGCGCGGGCCUAGCAUCAAAAAAGUUCAUUUCAUUAACAGAGAAUUUUCAAGUCGUGCCUCGCAAAUAAUGAAAGAUUUCAUGGACUUUGACCCUGAAGUAAAAAAGCGUGAAGGCUGGUACGAUACAACCUUUGACCUUUCAUCUCUGAAAUUUGGAGAAAGCGAGAAGGUUCUUAAGGGAUAUAUCCGAAAUGCUGAUAUUUUAUUUUGUGCCACACCUUCUACAGCCCCCCUAUUCAAUCACGCAUUCCUAACAAACAAUGAGGGUCGUAAGCGCGCGCGUCUCAUUAUCGCAGUUGGGAGCUAUCUACCCAGUAUGAUUGAGUUACCACCGGAGAUCAUUGAACAAGCCACUAGACCCCAGACAGCAUCACACUCUUUUCAACGGCGGGCAGAAGAAGGUGGUGUCAUAGUAGUCGAUUCUUUGGCCUGCCUCAGAGAGACGGGAGAGCUGGUAGAGACAAAUGUCAGAGCGGAUCGAACUAUGGAACUAGGCGAGCUCGUGAUGCUCGAAUAUAAGGACCAGGACCAAGUACUACUUAACGACUAUGAUGAUCAAGUAAUACCACCUCAAUCUACCCUUGACAAUAGCAUGCUUCUUCCGAAUAACAACCGAUCUUAUCGGAAAGAUAGUUUUGACAGCUGUUGCAGUAGUAACGUGGCUUCCAACAAUAACGGGAUCUCUAGCAGCAAUAUACUUUCCAAACUUCCCUCAAGAAAAUCAUCCAUCAGCCUCUCUAAGCCUCCGCCUAGCAAGAUCUGUAGUUGUCGACCCCGUCGAUCUUCUGAUAACAUCAACGCGCGGGGCCGCAAAUUAUCUUCAUCUGAGAAUACGGGCCCAAAUAUUCGCUCUAGCAGCAUUCUCUCUGUGCGCUCCAAAAAAGCAAGUCAAUUAGAUCUGGAAGAUAAGAUGAGUCGUUGGUUAAGUAGUGGAAAUGUGGUGUAUAAGUCCAUGGGAAUGGGUCUUAUGGAUCUUGUAUCUGGCCUCGACAUUGUACGAUUAGCGCGCGAAAGAGGUGUCGGAACAACCGUGAGUGAUUUCUAG